AUGACGUGCUUCAACCCCAUUUCACCCUCCGCAAUUUCGAUCGUGACGCAAACAUCAGCAUUAUCUGGACAAACAAUCUGGUCGAUCACCUCCGCCUGUCCCAUGUACCCCAAGGGUUUCAUCGAGGAAACAAUAGACACCCUCACUCUACUACUUCCCGAUACAGACCGAAGGACCAGGCAUUGGCUAGAGUGUGAGCUUCAGGAUUAUGACCUCACUGGGGUGGACCUAAACCUUCGUCAUCUGGGAAGCUUCAAAGCUAACGAUCCUGCCAGGCGGCUCGAACAUUUCAAAUUCUGGCGCGAACGACUGGGUGUCCUUAAAGACGUUGUUGAGGAAGAGACCCCUUAUCCCAAGGUGCUACUGAGGGUGUUACAUGACCGGAAGCAAGGCGAUCGUUGGCUCAAUUCUUGGGUUGCGCUCGUGGCGAUCAGUUUAACUCUAGUCUUUGGGCUUGUUCAAAGUAUCGAAGGGGCUAUUCAGGUGUACAAAGCGUACCACCCGACUACUGUGUAG